AUGAGCUACACCUGCGCCGAGCUGAAGAAGAGAGGCUUCUGCUCCAAGGCCGGCGGCAUCGACGUGCAGGGGAAGAAGCUGCAGAUCGCCACGGAGCUCUGCCCGCAGACCUGCAACAAGUGCGACGAGGUCUACAAGAGUACGCCUCUCGAGGUGGGGAAGGCCGCCUGCAUGGACAAGGCCGUGAAGAUCAGCGGCAUGGAUUGCGCAGAGAUGGCCAAGAAAGACGUGUGCGGCAUGAAGACCACUGCGGGGAAGCAGAUCGGCAGGGACUUCUGCCCGCAGUCGUGCGGGCAGUGCCCCAAGGAGCCGCCGCCGCCGAACCAGGGGGGCGGCUGGCAGACCGACCCUCAGCCGAAGAGGACGGUGGGCUUCGUCGAGAGGGACGACGCGAGCCGCGCGGUGGCGCUGCCGCCCCUGGGGCCGAGCGCCUCGCUGGCCGCCGGAGCGCAGGCGCCGGCGAGCGCGACGGUGCUGUCGGCCGACCAGGCGCUGGCCGCCGAGGAGCAGGAGGCCCUCCGCCUCGAGCACCUGGGCUCGAGCGCGUCCGCUGGAGCGGCGGCGGCUGGGGCAGCCGAGGCUGGCAACGCGUCGUGGGCGACCCCAGACAAGUGCGAGGACGACCCGUUGUGGACAGACGUCGACGGCAGCACUUGCGAGGACUACGCGGCCUCCGUGCCGAAGAUGGGCAUCGAGGAGAUGUGCACGAAGCACAAUGGUGGCCAGGGGGAGAUCCAUUGCCGGAAGACUUGCAACAACUGCAAGGGGGCCGGCGGGAAGUGCACCGACAACGUCUGCAUCGAGAAGUGGAUGGACAAGUACGGCGUCUGCUACCAGUGCGCCGACUUCGCCAAGAUGUGUGGCGACCCCGCGGCGCAGGAUUGGUUCGUCCAGGAGUGCCCUCUCACAUGCGGCGUCUGCAAGGAUGGCAGCCUUGAUAUCCAGGGUACUUUCCAUUACAACGCGACCGCUCGCGACUACGAGGGCUCGGGCCUCGUCGUGGCGAGCAUCCAGUCGGAGGACGAGCAGAGGGAGGCGGAAGAGCUGAUGAGGCAGCACGAUGGCCGCGGCGCCUACCUCGGGGGCACCAGCGACGGCCGCGGCGAGUGGAAGUGGACGGACGGCACGCCGUGGGACGCCGUGAACCCCGAGAACGACGGGCUCCGCGGGAAGAAGGAGACUCGCCUCGCCAUGAGCAGGUCUGGCAAGUGGCACGAUACUGACGGGCGGGAGAAGCUCGGGGUGCUCUGCCGGGAGAAGACGGCGCCGUGCAAGGACGACGACCCGGUGCUGUGCAAGAGCCUGGGGAGCGCGUUCUGCACCGACCGGCCGGUGCAGGCGAAGUGCAGGCGCACCUGCAACGUCUGCUCGUCCGCGGCGCCCGCGAAGCAGGACUGCGCGGACAAUUUCGACACGUUCACAUGCACCCGGUACAGGACGUACGGCUGGUGCGACCGGGAGGACACACAGGACCAGGUGCGGCAGAAUUGCAUGCUCACCUGCGGCGCCUGCCCGAAGAACUUCAGCGUGGGCGUGAUGGGCAAGCUGGGCGCGCUCCGGAGGAAGCUCUGCGACAAGUCCGCCGAGGAGGUCGCGAGAGCCAAGAAGGUCAUCGGGUCUUCAGGCAUCCGGACGUCGCCUGCGAGUCCAGUGGCCAGCGUUGUCGCGACGCUUGCGGCGGCCAUCUUGCAGGAGCUGGUUGCGUAG